AUGACAUCGGGGACUUGGUCCCUCGGCGCGACGCACAUCGUCGACCACGCACUCCCCAUCCCCGAGCUCCUCGCCGCGGUCUCCGCCGCCGCUUCGAGCGCGCCGGUGUCCUUCGCGUACGUCGCGAUCAGGAUGGAGGACACGCAGCGGCUCGCAUACGCCACGCUCGGCGACCGCGGCGGCUUCGUCUCGGUGAUGCCGCGCGCGGGCCCCGAGGUCCUCGCGCCAGUGCAGAGGGAGGGCGACGGGAAGCCCGUCGCGCGGCCCGUUCGCAAGCUUCCAGAUGCCGCCGAAUCAGGCACUAGGCGUCGGGGUGGACAAGCGGCUGACGGGGUGGCUCGCAGAUGGGACAGUGAAGCCGAACUGGGGUGA